CUCCCAUCCACUCGCGCCAAACGAGGCCCUAGGGUUCCACCAGAGAACAAAGGGGAUCGGGGGUCCAUCUUCCCCCUCUCGCCGUCGCAAUUGCCGUCGGAUGCCUCGAAUGAGGAUCCGCUGCUGCUUGCGAAUAGGCGACCAAAUAAGCAGCUCCCCCUUUGGGAGCCGCACUCCCCAAUCGAAUCAGUAAGAGCAGCAGCUCUUUUGGGAGCGGCGAUCCGCAAUCAAGCGGCUCCUUUCCGAGCUGCGACCAGCAAUCGAAGCAAUCAAGCGGCUCCACUCCGAGCCGCAGUCCGCAAUCGAAGCACCUCCCUUCUUUAGCCGCAAUCCUGAAUCAAAGCAGUCCUUUCCGGAUUACAAUCAGAAACAGGUCCUCUUUCGAAUUCAUUAUCCGAGUUUCCAUUGGUGGCGGGAAUCUAGCAGCUACUCCCUCCGUUCCAAAUUACUCGUCGCAAAAGUGGAUGUAUCUGAACUAAAAUACAUCUAUUUCUAUGACAAGUAAUUCGGAACGGAGGGAGUACAUAUAUAUAUCUGGCCUGGCGGACAAUUUUAAGAGGAGGCGAGCAACAACUCCCUAGUGGACAUCAGUUUUCGGAGCGACCAGCAACUCGGGCGAUGGCGAAGUCUAGUCGCCGGCGACGGGCUGCCAAAUUGAUGGACAGGCCAUCCGCUUCGACCGUGGGGGAAGUCAAUCCAGAUGAUAGGAUCAGCAGCUUGCCCAAUGACAUCCUGCUCAACAUUCUCGACCGACUCGAUGUCCGCAACGCUGCGAGAACCAGUGUCCUCUCGAGAAGGUGGAGUCAGCUUCCUGCAAUGCUCCCACGGCUUGUAAUCAGUGCUCCGGACCUCCUGCCCUCAGAAACUAAAACCAAAAAGACCAAUGGUAAAUUGGUUCGGAGGACCAAAGCAGCUGUGGCCGAAGCUUUGGCCAAUGCAGGAUUGUCCAAUGCUGAAUUGGUUCAGAGGACCAAUGCAGCUGUGGCCAAAGCCUUGGCCGAUGCAGCCAAAGUUGUGGCCAAUACAGCUGCGGCCAAAGCGACAAAGAGCAUACUGGCACGCAGGGAUCCGGGUGGAUGCACCAUCCGCCUCUUGAGCAUGACGUUCUACUUGAAAGACGAUGCCCCCAUAUCAGUUGGGCAUUCUGUUGCCAGUGCCAUGGCAACAUGCAAGACUGAAAAGGCCGAAUUCAUAGUUCUGACAGAGAAGGAACGCCUAGAGUGCGACGUUUAUGACGUGGAAAACUAUGGGACACGGUUUGUGUCGUUUUUUAAUGAAUGUGUCAAUGCAUUUGCUGGUCUCACCCGCCUCCACCUGCAGAAUUUGAGAUUCGCCAAAUCAGACUUUGUUUCCAACAUCCUUGUCACUUGCAAGAAAUUAAAUUAUUUAGGUUUUCUCAAUUGCGACACAGAGGAUUGGAUAACGCUCCAAGUUGAACAUGCACAGCUCAGAGAGCUUAGUAUUGUUAAUUGCCGGUUUGACAUGGUCAAACUCGCCUGGGUUCCGAAACUCACCUGCCUGGCGUUUGAGUCUUGGGUGUCUUUCAGAAAACCACCAUUGUCAUUUGGCCAUGUCCCAUUGCUUGAGGUUCUGCGCCUUUCAAAUGUUGCUCUUAAUUGGCACAAAAUGGUCAAGUUAAGUACAUUUCUUCACGAGACCUCUGUCCGAGACCUGAGGUUGGGGUUUAAAUCUGAAAAGGUAAGUCAGUGUUUGACCAGAAGGCAGGCAUAUGUGUUCUGCCAACUAAGGAUUCUCAAUCUACUUAGCAUUCCUGAAGGGUAUGAUCUCACCUGGACAAUGUUCUUUUUGGAAGCGGCGCCAUCCCUGAAGGAGCUCAUAUUGACGGUAAUUGAUCAUCCAUGUGAAAUGGAAAUGGACCAGAAGGUGAGGAGGCAGAAGUCCUAUAGCAGGAACAAGGGUGUCCAGUGGGAAUCACCUACAUCAAAUUUCAAGCACCAUUGUCUCACCAAGCUAACCUUCUUCUGCUUCCAAUCUGAAGAGUACAUGGUGAGUCAUGUCAGGCGUGUCAUGAAAGCAGCGGUGAAUCUAGGGGAUGUGUACCUGUAUGACAGGCUCACAUGUAUCUACUGCGAAGGCGAGGAGCCUCUAAAGCCGAUAGUGUUUCCGAAGACAGAUAAGCAGAUGUCUUCAGUGGAGAAGCGAAUCAGGAAGGGCAUCGAGUCACCUGCCAUAAUCCACUUCCUGGCGGCUGCUGAAAUAAGCGAUGAUUAUCGUGCAAGGGUAACUGAAGACUGUUAGUGGCAGUUUAUUGAAUACCAAGUCGGCUUGCCUGAGUACUCGAUUGGGCUAGAAAUAGUGGUCCAAAUACGCAUUUCCUUAUUUGGUCUGCUUCUGUAGUUGCAAUGCCUUGUAUAAUUAAAAUCAGUUGAAACCAAUUGUGGCACUAUUUGUAUGUGAAUUCAAGAAGUUGAUGAUCCAGUUAAAUUUUAGACCAAAGUUUAUAAUAA